UCGGAGGAUCGGAGAAGGCAUUGAAUAUUCUAAUUUGGAUGGAUCUUGUUUUACUGCAUCUCCAUAUUUGCGUGCAUUCCAGUUUUCCCGUCAGCGUGAACCAUGGCCGAAGCUUAUGCUUUCUGACUUUGUCUUUCUAUCAUCUUUCCAAAUUAAAAUUGAAUAGAUCAAACUAUUACUCUUCAUCUUCGAUAAUGAAUUCUAUGUGCGUUCUUCUGUCUCACUGAUCUCCCAAAACUAGCAGCAUUCUGGAUUUUACACAGCAGGACCAUGCCUAACACCUCCAGAUCCAACCCUGGGAAGAAGCUCGUUAAAAUUGAUAUUAGUGCUGAUACUGUAUGCCCAUGGUGCUUCUUUGGCAAGAGAAAUCUAGAUAAAGCCAUUGAUUCCUCUAAGGACAGAUACAACUUCGAGAUAAAAUGGCAUCCUUAUCAACUUAACCCUGCUGCCCCUAAAGAAGGCGUUGACAAGAGAGAGUAUUACAGGGGGAAAUUUGGAUCUCAAUCAGAACAGAUGGAAGCUCGGAUGUCAGAGGUUUUUGGGAGCGUGGGCCUCCAAUAUAACAUGUCUGGGCUGACGGGAAACACAUUGGACAGUCAUCGGCUCAUAUAUUUUGCAGGACUGCAGGGCUCAGACAAACAACAUCAUCUUGUUGAAGAAUUGGGCCUUGGCUACUUCACACAGGGAAAACACAUUGGUGACCAUAAUUUUCUUUUGGAAUGUGCUGAGAAGGUUGGGUUGGAAGGGGCAGCAGAGUUUCUUCGAGAACCCAACAAUGGCCUCAGGGAGGUUCAGGAUGAGCUUAACAGAGGAAACGUCAGAGGGGUUCCAUAUUAUGUGAUUAAUGGAAGUCGCAAAAUUGAUGGUGCUCAGCCCCCAGAGGUGUUCGUGAAAGCUUUUGAAUUUGAGGGGUGAAGUUUAUCGCAUCUCCAAGUUUAUGCUUCUGAGUUCUGAUGAAAGUCUCCAUCUUUAUUGCAUCUUAAAGUUUUUUGUAUCUAUGAUCAUUCCCCAACUCCCUGAUUAGAGAAGAUAAAUGAUAAAAGAUAAUAAGCCACUCCAUCUUUUUGAUCGUUUUUGUAUGUGUCUUUUAAUUCUUCAGUAAAUGUAUGAUUUUUCUGUUUCUAUUGGGGGAAAAAAAGUGAUGCUUCCGUGUAAGGUGGAAGGCCAUAUUAAUAUGUACCAAAAUAAAUAAUGCGACGUCUU